AUGCCGUCACACCCCCACGACUCCGACGACUCCUCAGACACCGAAUCCUUCCACUCCCUCAACAACGACAACGACAGCGCCCCAACGAACACUACACCAGAAACUGCAAGCAAGCCUCCCGACCACAAAUUCGCACCCGAGGAGGAGGCAUCUUUACUAGCAGAAUCCAACUCUAUAAAAGGCAACGCGAACCAGCUGUUUGGCAGCGGCUCCUUCGACAACGCCAUCCAGACGUAUGACCGCGCCCUCUCCUCGUGCCCGAAUUACCUAGACUACGAGAUCGCGGUGCUGCGCAGUAAUGUCGCUGCGUGCCAUCUCAAGUUGAGGGAGUGGAAGGAAGCGAGCGAGAGUGCGGGAAAGGGGUUGGGAUGUUUGGAGCGGUUGGAGAGGUUACCUUCUGUUCGUGCUUCGAAGGGGACUGGAACAGAUGGGGGUGAGGUAGAGGAUGCAGCGGGGAAGGAAGGGGACCAAGUAAUCGCAGAAGUCGACAACGAACUCGAGGCACGCAUUGAACGGCUAAAAGAGUCCGGGCAUUCCUUGGACUCCAUCCGCAAACUCCAAACCAAACUCCUCCUCCGCCGCGCCACCGCCCGCCGCGAAGAAGCCACCUGGGCCUCCCUGCAGGGGGCAGAAGAAGACUACAGCACCAUCCUGCACCCUUCCCUCCAAACCUCUCUCUCAGCAACGGAUAAGCGACAGACGGAGCAGGCUUUGCGGACGUUGAAGCCGAAGCUAGAUGAGGCGCGGGAGAGGGAGAUGGCGGAGAUGAUGGGGAAGUUGAAGGGGUUGGGGAAUAGUAUUUUGAAACCCUUCGGGUUGAGCACGGAGAAUUUCAAGUUUGUGAAGGAUGAGGCGACGGGGGGGUAUAGUAUGAAUUUCGAUCAAGGGGGUGGUGGGGGGAAGAAGUAG